AUGGCUGCCAAUCCCGACGUCCCCAACACGCAAAAGGCCUUCGUGCCUCUCGAGAACAAUCCCGAAGUCAUGUCUCACCUAGUCCACCAACUAGGCCUCCCCCCAACCCUUGGCUUCACAGACGUCUACUCAAUCGACGAACCCGACCUCCUAGCCUUCGUCCCCCGCCCCUCCCACGCCCUCCUCCUCCAGAAGACACCCCCCCUCCCCGAAUACACCGGCUCCGGUCCCACUGAGCCCGUAAUGUGGUUUAAGCAGACUAUCCGCAACGCCUGCGGUCUCAUCGGCCUCCUACACGCUGUCUCUAACGGCGAACCCCGCCAACACCUCACGCCCGGCUCGGACCUGGACAAUCUCCUCCGUGAAGCUGAGGGUUUGGAGCCGGUCGCGCGGGCUGAUCUCCUUUACGAGAGCAAGGCGUUGGAAAGUGCUCAUGCGGAUGCGGCAAAGCUGGGUGAUACUACGGCGCCGGAGGCUGAGGAUAAUGUGGACUUGCACUUCGUGGCGUUUGUUAAGGGUCUUGAUGGGACGCUUUGGGAGCUGGAUGGGCGCCGGAGGGGUCCUUUGGCAAGGGGGAAGUUGGGGGCGAAUGAGGAUGCGCUGAGUGAGGCUGCGCUUGCGUUGGGAGUGCGGCGGUUCUUGAAGAUGGAGGCUCAAGGGGGGAAUCCUGAUUUGCGGUUUAGUUUGGUUAGUUUGGGGCCUGUUUUUGAUUGA